UUAAUUUAUUAUUUUUUUUUGCAAAUUUAUGAUGAUUCUUUCUUCGCAAAAAACUCUAUUAAUAUUUAAAAAAAAUUCAAUAGAAAAUACUCCGUAGUAGAGUUCAUGAGUCAUGACAAUUUAGGUUUUAGCUUGAUUCUACAGGUAUUGAAUUAAUAAAGUUCUUAUUAUCAAUUAAUGGUAGCAUUUCCAAUUUUUAUUUUCAUGCACAAACUUUUAAAUAUUUGCAUUUUUACAUUAUUUUAAGUUUUCGGAAUUUUCUCUAAUACUUGCGACUUGAGAGGUAUUGGGUGUGUUUGGGAAAUAUAGGGUGUCGAUGAAGGUUUACAGAGCAUGUGUGCGAUCGAUCUGGUGUCGAUGAAGUACAUAUCGAUGUGCGAUCAAUUUGGUGUGCGCAACAGGGGAUUUAAAAGGAAGGUCAAUUUGAUCAAAGCAUGUGUACUUAAGUCUUAGGCUAAUUUGUAGUCUGAAUUUUGGAAAAUCUCCCCAAUUAUUCUUCCAACUUUCAGGUAUUGAAUUGAAUUAAUAAAGUUCUUAUUAUCAAUUUAUGGUAGCAUUUCGAUCAAUUUUUAUCUUCAUUAUUUCAUGCACAGAACUUUUAAAUAUUUGCAUUUUUAUAUUAUUUUAAGUUUUCGGAAUUUUAUCUAAUACUUGCGACUUGAGAGGUAUUGGGUGUCUUUGGGAAAUAUAGCGGCGGGUUCAGCUGCACCUCGCCGGUGUGUGAAAGCGGUCUACGCUUUGCUGAUGAUAUACGAAUUGCCAAAAUUUUAAACCAUCAACGGAGAGCGGCAGAGCCACCAGCUCUGUCUUUUCCAGCCGCAUAUAUAGGGUGACUUCAGGCAAAUGGCUAGUUUGGUGGAAAGGCUUCGUGUUCGCUCGGAGCGAAAGCCAAUUUACAAUUUAGAGGACUCAGAUGAGGAAGCUGAUAUAAAGCGUGGUAAAUCUGGCCAUUCACAGGAGAAAUUUGAGAGAUUUGUUAGAACAGAUGCGAAAGUUGAUUCUUGUCAAGCUUGUGGUGGAGAUGAAAAUCUUUUGAACUGUGAAACAUGUACUUAUGCAUACCAUCCGAAGUGUCUGCUUGUACCCUUAAAAGCUCCUCUUCCCAGCAUCUGGAGAUGUCCUGAGUGUGUAAGCCCUCUAAAUGAUAUUGAGAAAAUAUUGGAUUUUGAAUCGCGCCCAACUGCUGCUGAUGAUAGUGAUGCUUCAAUAGUGGGAUCAAAGCAAAUAUUUGUGAAACAGUAUCUUGUCAAGUGGAAGGGAUUGUCUUAUCUUCAUUGUAUUUGGGUAUCUGAGAAAGAGUUUGUCAAAGCUUACAAGACUCUUCCUCGUCUGAAGACUAAAGUGAACAAUUUCCAUCGCCAGAUGUCAUCUAUAACUGACCGAGAAGAAUAUGUUGCUAUCCGGCCCGAGUGGACAACGGUUGACCGCAUCCUCGCUUGCAGAGGAGAGGAUGAGGACAAAGAGUACUUUGUGAAGUGGAAGGAACUUCAGUAUGAUGAAUGUAGUUGGGAACUCGAAUCAGACAUUUGUUCUUUUCAGCAUGAAAUUGAAAGAUUUAACAAAAUCCAGUCCAGGCGUUCAAAAAAACACAAACAAAGCCAUCAAGAUACCACUGAAUCAAAGUCGAAACAAAAAGAAUUUCAGCAGUAUGAGUGCAGUCCUGAAUUUCUUUCUGGAGGUUCAUUGCACCCUUAUCAGCUUGAAGGGCUCAACUUUCUACGUUAUUCUUGGUCUAAACAGACACAUGUGAUACUUGCUGAUGAAAUGGGCCUUGGGAAAACCAUACAGAGUAUUGCAUUCUUAGCAUCUCUUUUUAAGGAGAAGGUUUCUCCUCACUUAGUUGUUGCUCCUCUUUCAACCUUGAGAAAUUGGGAACGUGAAUUUGCUACAUGGGCUCCCCAGAUGAAUGUUGUUAUGUAUGUUGGUUCAUCCAAUGCACGCUCUAUUAUAAGGGAUUAUGAAUUUUACUUCCCCAAAAGGCUCAAGAAGAUCAAGAAAAAGAAAUCAAGUCAAGUUCUUGGUGAAAGCAAGCAAGAUAGGAUAAAGUUUGAUGUUCUUCUGACAUCAUAUGAAAUGAUUAAUUUAGAUAGUACAUCUCUAAAGCCAAUAAAGUGGGAGUGCAUGGUUGUUGAUGAAGGCCACCGUCUCAAGAACAAGGAUUCAAAAUUGUUUUCUUCAUUGCAGCAGUACUCCAGCAGGCAUCGUGUCCUCUUGACUGGAACACCUCUCCAGAACAACUUGGAUGAACUUUUCAUGCUGAUGCACUUCCUUGAUGCGGGAAAGUUUGGAAGCUUGGAGGAGUUCCAGGAGGAGUUCAAGGAUAUUGGCCAAGAAGAACAGAUCUCAAGGCUUCACAAGAUGUUGGCUCCACAUCUACUCAGAAGGGUAAAAAAAGACGUCAUGAAAGAAUUACCUCCUAAAAAGGAGCUUAUUUUACGUGUGGAGUUAAGUACUAUGCAAAAAGAAUACUACAAAGCAAUUUUGACACGGAAUUAUCAGAUACUUACUCGUAAGGGUGGUGCACAAAUUUCUCUUAUAAAUGUGGUGAUGGAACUACGCAAGCUUUGUUGUCACCCUUUUAUGCUAGAAGGCGUUGAACCUGAAGAUAAUAAGGAAUUUACCAAGCAGCUUCUUGAAUCUUCUGGCAAAUUGCAACUUCUCGAUAAGAUGAUGGUGAAGCUUAAAGAGCAAGGGCACAGAGUUUUGGUGUAUUCACAGUUCCAGCAUAUGCUGGACUUAUUAGAAGAUUAUUGCAACUUUAGGAAUUGGCAAUAUGAACGCAUUGAUGGAAAAGUUGGUGGAGCCGAACGACAAGUUCGAAUUGAUAGAUUUAAUGCUAAGAAUUCUUCCAGAUUUUGUUUUCUGCUGUCAACUAGAGCUGGGGGUUUAGGAAUUAACCUUGCUACUGCUGAUACAGUGUUUAUAUAUGACAGUGAUUGGAAUCCUCAUGCUGAUCUACAAGCAAUGGCUAGAGCUCAUAGGUUGGGGCAAACAAACAAGGUGCUGAUAUACAGACUCAUUACAAGAGGAACUAUUGAAGAGAGGAUGAUGGAGAUGACCAAGAAAAAAAUGGUUUUGGAGCAUCUAGUUGUUGGGAGACUCAAAGCUCAAAAUAUCAACCAGGAAGAACUUAAUGAUAUCAUUAGAUAUGGUUCAAAAGAGUUAUUUACUGAUGACACCGAUGAAGCAGGAAAGUCAAAACAAAUCCACUAUGAUGAAUCUGCUAUAAAUAGAUUACUAAACCGUGAACAAGCUGUAGAUGAGGAAACUGUCUUAGAUGAUGAACAAGAAGACACCUUUUUGAAGGCUUUUAAGGUUGCGAACUUUGAAUACAUAGAUGAAGCAGAAGCAAAAGCUGAAGAGGAAGUUCCAACAUCUCCCGUGGAGGAUAAAGCAGCUUUAAACAAUUCAGAAAGGGCAAGUUUCUGGGAGGAAUUGCUGCGAGACAGAUAUGAGGUUCAUAAGGUUGAAGAGCUUAAUGCAAUGGGAAAGGGGAAGAGAAGUCGUAAACAGAUGGUGUCGGUUGAGGAAGAUGACCUUGCCGGUCUGGAAGAUGUGAGCUCUGAUGGAGAAGAUGAUAACUAUGAAGCUGACUCAACUGAUGGUGAGACAGCUUCAACUGGAGUCCCAGCCAUGAAAAAACCUAUUAGGAAAAGAGCACGUGUGGACACAUCAGAACCACUUCCUUUGAUGGAAGGUGAAGGCCGGUCAUUCAGGGUAUUGGGAUUCAAUCAGAGUCAAAGGACAGCAUUUGUCCAAAUUUUAAUGAGAUUUGGUGUUGGAGAGUUUGACUGGGCAGAAUUCACACCACGUCUUAAGCAGAAAACUUAUGAAGAAAUUAAAAAUUAUGGACGCCUCUUUUUAUCUCACAUCGCUGAGGAUCUUACUGAGUCUCCCACGUUUUCAGAUGGUGUUCCAAAAGAGGGAUUGAGAAUACAAGACGUACUUGUGAGGAUUGCAGAACUACUUCUUGUGAGGGACAAAGUCAAGGCUGCAUCUGAAAAGCCGAGCUGUCCACUUUUCACAGAGGACAUAGUAUCUCGCUUUCCUGGACUUAAGGGUGCAAAACUGUGGAAGGAAGAUCAUGAUUUGUUACUACUGCAAGCAGUACUGAAGCAUGGUUAUGGAAAAUGGCAAUCCAUUGUUGAUGACAAGGAGUUAAAGAUUCAAGAGCUCAUUUGCAAGGAGAUAAAUAUCCCUUUUAUGACUUUGCCUGUACCUGGGACUUCUCAGCAGCCAGUUAUUACCCCUGGAACCUCACAACCACAAGUUCCUGGUACAGGAAUCUCCCAAGCACAAACAUCAAAUGGUGAAAAUAAAGCUGAUGCUGGAAGUACUAUUAAUCAAGCACAUGGAUGUGCUAGCAGAAAUGAUCUUGGAGCUGAAUUUGGUGGUACAGGAUCAAAUGAUCCUUCCAACCGAACACAGAAUUUCCAAGAUUCUUCCUUUUUACACCAUUUUAGAGAAAUUCAAAGAAGACAGGUUGAGUUUAUUAAGAAAAGGGUGCUGCUUCUAGAGAAAGCUCUUAAUGCAGAAUACGCCAAAGAAGCCUAUGGGUAUGAGAGGUCAAGUGAGUUGCCUAAUGAUGAGAAUGAGUUUGAAUCCAAGGUUGUAGAUGGACCAAAUCUAAAUACAGAUUCUGAUAAUGAAGUUUUUGAUCAUUUGCCGAAGAUUAUUGGGGUUUCUCCGCAUGAAGUGUCAGAAGCUGCUUGUGAUAAUAAACCAGACCGUUUGGGUGUGGCUAAGCUUUAUAAUGAGAUGUGCAAGGUUCUUUCUGAAAAUGUUGAAGAUUCAAUAGCCGAAUAUGCAGCAAACCAAACAGCAAAUGUUGGGAUGAGAAAGAAUCUUGAUCUGUUUCAGAACAUAAACCGCGAGAUGAACCAAAUACUUUCAUUUUCCUCUUCUUCACCGCAGUUAUCUCCCAAUAAUCCAGAUGCCACCUUAACCCAUCAACAUGCC